AUGAAGCCUCUUGCAAUUCUACUGGUAUUCAUCAUUGUUUCUAUUUGUUUUGGUGAUAUCACAAUCUAUCGUGGUACUGUAUGUGGCUGGGCUGAAUACACAACAUCUAGUCCCAUUUUAUGCAACGGGUCAGAUCCACGUCAUGGAUGUCCUUCAGGCUAUUCUCGUCAAAUGUUCAAAGAUGGUGGUGCGUAUUGUUACAAAACCAAUACAACUACCAGUAAACAAAAUGGAAUACUCGGAACUUUAUGUGGUGGUCUAGCACGUGCUCGAUGUGGUGGACUCAGUCCGAUUAACGUGUGUCCUCAAGGAUACACACAAGAUUUUCGUUAUAUAUGUUAUAAGAACGAUCCAACAAUCGCAGAUUUAUCGGGUACGGUCUGUGGUGUGAUUAAUGAAGGCAAAGGACAAACGUGUGAUAGACUAUCAGUAGGAACAUGUCCAGAAGGAUAUUAUGGAAUUGAUUUUAAACAAGAAAACUGGCAUGCCUGUUUCAAACAAUAG